AUUAUUUAAAUCAAAGAAUGCUGAGACAUAAGUUUUAUGGGACUAAUCCUCAAGGUUUCAAUUUUAAGAUGUCCAAGAGAAGACUAAACAACUCCAAGAAAAGAUGCAUAAUAACUAGCCAUCACCCAAUACGUGCUCAAGAGAAAAGGCCAAUAAACACAAGAAUGGAGCCCAGAAAGAACCUAGAAAGUACAAGUUUCGAAGAAAUUGAUCAAUAUUCUGGAACAACCUUUGACAAACUAGCAAGUCUCAGAAGUGAACUUUUAAAUAUCAACAACCGUCUGAACAAAUAAAGAGGAUAGUUCAUUUAACGAGUCAAGGCAAAAUUCAAAACAGAAAUUUUUUGAUUCCUGAGAGAAUGCUGCCAAAAAGAGACCUUCCACCAAGGGAUACAUGAAAUUAGAGCUAGACCCCAUCGACCACGAGCGUGCUAAGAUGAAACUAAAACUUCUCCUUGAAAAGCAAUUACUCAAUGCAAAAGGUAAACGCAAACUUGAGAUCCAAAGAAGAUUGGAAGAAAUGGAGAAGAGAGAAGUAAAACCAACCCCGGAUGUAGCUACUUCUGAUUAUAAUUACUCCAAGAUCUUAAAGCUCUCAGGAUUAUCAAGAUUAGACAAUUCAGUUCAUUCUCGCGUCAGAAAUCUCAGGCAAAACAACAGUGAAAGUCGAGGUACAAACCUUAAGACCAGGGAAAAGUCUAUGGAAAGAUUCCAGAUACACUCCCAACCUAAGCAUCUCGAAGAAGUGUUGGUCCGGAGGACCAACACUUCGAAAAACUCGAUGCUUAAGGCAAAAAUAUUUAAAAAGAAAAUCUCCUGAGAUUUUCGGAAUAAAAAGAAACCUCAGUCACGCCGCAGCAUUGUUUUGCUAGAGCAUAACAAGAUGAUUGCUUCCAAAAUUAUUUCAAAAAAUAAUAAAGAGAUGCCGUCAAGCUAUUUUAUGUCCAGAAGAAAGCCGGUUAAGAAGGCUGCCAAAAAUAGACAGAAUUUGUCAAAGAAGAUGUGUAAGAUUUCUCAAAAGCAGCCUCAAGGAUUGUCUGGAGAAGAUCAAAUCUUAAAGUCAUUAGAAACAAGCAUUGUUAACUGUGAACUUCCUUGUAAGGCCUCUCCAAGCCCCAUGGGGGCUUGGGAGGACAAGAAGACAUUAAUUAUCGAUGACUUUGAGCAAUCUGAUAGAGAUUUCAACAAAUCUGUUGACUGAGUUAAGCAACAUUUGGAAAAGUUCAUUGGUAGGAAGAAAAUUCUGUGCAUUUUUGAGCGUAUCCAAUGUGCAAAAGCUCAUAUACUAGCCUUGGUGAAAGGCUAUAAAGCAAGAAAGUAUUUUAGGGCAGUUAAAAAGGCAGCAAAAAUCAUCCAAAAGAGAUAUAGACUAUAUAAAUCAAAGCAAAAAUUAAAAGCUAAGCAACCUAUAGAACCAAAAACUGUACCUGAAAUUACACAAGAGAUCUCAGUUGAAGAUAUUAAAAGGCAGAGACAGAUUGAAUUCAUCCGUAAGCAAAGAGAAAUGACCCAGUUGAAAAAGAAGAAGAGAGAGGCAGUCCUCAUAAUAGAGAAAUGGUUUCACAGAAAGAUAAUCCGCAAAAAGUACUGUGAAUUGCGUCAGAAACUCGCCAAGAUACCUAAAGAAAUGAGGAUUGUAUACUUCAAGUAUAUGGCAUUGAGGUCUGACACGAAUAAUCUCAUCAAUGAAUUCAACGAUGCGAUGGAUGGAGACUUAAUGUCUCAUACCAAUUUCUUUUUAGAAUAACAUAACUUCAAUUCUUCA